AUGGCCACUUCCGAGGCCAUGGAAGAUGUGCAACCGAGCGCAAAACGACCAGCGCUGGAUAUUGAAAGCCUAAGGUCCAAAAAGUACAAAGCCGACGAUCUCCCUUUGUCUUCGGCGCAGCAUGCGAGCAUUGAUAAACUCCUACAUUCAUUCAAAAAGAAGGGCGGAUUCGACAGUAUUCGCAAAAAGAUUUGGGCCGACUUCAAUGAUGGCGAGUCUAGAGUAAAGUUCACCGAAGAAUUGAUUGCGUUGGCCGAGUCGGAAAUCGAACGUGAACCUGCCCACCUUUCCCGCGAAAGAGGAAAAGCUGCUACAUUAAUCGAGGGUGCCGUUGACCGAAGUGACGUAUAUAAGAAUGCCGAGCUAUCCAUCGACAUGCUAGCAUCCAACCAUCUGCAGGCUAUACUUGAUUCUGUGCGUGAAAUUCGCCGGCUGGAAAUUGGCGAGGAUGCAGCUAGGAAAGAAGAAGAGGCGGGCAACAAAACAGAUGCAGAGUACGAGGCGCACGUCCAAGCCAGGCGCGAGGAGCGUGAAAAGGUCUGGCUCGAAGAAAUGCGCAAACAAAAAGAGAUCGACGACGAGCGGAAACGCGUUGAGGAGGAGGAGCAACGCAAAAGACGUGAAUUGGAACAGAAGAAGGAAGACGAAGAAAGAGCAAGAAGAAAAGAGAGUGAGGAGAAAAGACGAGUUGAGCGCGAGCGUGAGCGCGAAGAGCAAAGAGCUCUCGAUGACCGAGAACGAGAGGAAAGAUACGAACGACGACGACGAGAGGAUCGAGACCGCUACCGUGACUAUGACCGCUACCACGAUCGCUCGCCGGCCUACCGCUCUGAUCGCGGUCUUUCACCACGAAACCGGGAGACCAAACGAGAGAAAUCUGCUGUAUCAAAAGAUGCGACCCCUGCACCGGCUCCUCCUGUUGAUGAGAAGUCGCUUGAAGAGGCUGCUUUGCAGAUGCUACUGAGAGAGGGAGAAGAGCUCGCAGCCAAGGCGCGUCAAAAGCCCGAUUUCGAUUUUGAGAAGGCCGAGGCCCUUGAGAACGGAUUGAAACCAGCAGAGAUUAAAGGCAGCGAUUCAAAAUUGACCGAAGAGAUCGAACUCGACAUCAUACUCGAGACCGGAGCCGAAGCCGCUCUCGUCCACGCGGGUCUAGGUAUAGCCCUGAUCGUCGACGAGAUCGAUCUAGAGAUGCAUCCGUCAGAUCUCGUGAUCGUGAUAUGGAUAAGCGUCGAGGCUUCCGUGAUUUCCGUGAUUCACGGGAUGACCGAAGCUAUCGGCCAAGUCGUCGAAGUCGUAGUCGAUCGCUGGCCAGGGACCGAGAUCGGGACCGAGAAAAGGCAGCACCGCGUUCGAAAUCCCGAGAUCGAGAUCCCGAACGCCGCCGUGACAGGAGCAGAGAUCGUGACCGCCCUCGUCGCAGAUCUCCUUCGCGCCGGCGCUCUCGUGCUCGGUCUCGGUCUCGUCACCGUGCCAGAGAACCGCGUUCUCGGUCUCGCUCUACCGCUGCGCGACGACGGUCACGUUCUCGCCGUGGCUCACGUACACGACGGGCUUCCCCCAACAGGCGGGCCUCGCCAUCCCUUGAUAUCGACCGUUAUGUGCCGUCGACUAGCAAUCGGAGCAAGUCCCCCCGUCGCCGAGCCCGCUCCCCAGAACGUGAUCAAAGAACGCGACUUGGCGAAAUUGAUCGCUAUAUCCCUGGCUCUGAACGAGAAGCCGGCAAAGAAAAAGACAAAGAGGUUAAGAGCACUACCGAGACUGCCAAGGAACCUGAUGACCGAACCACUCGUCGGCGGAGUCGAAGCCGGCGAAGUCGCAGUCGACGAAGGAGUCCAAGCCGACGCCGAAGUCGUUCCCGGAGGCGAAGAGCGGAUGAUUUGA